AUGGAUUUUAAAGUGGUUGGCAGUAAGUCAAUUAUUGCCCAGGUCAGUGAACUUUUAUUCAUUGUUAAUCACCUUAAGGAUACUGGAAUUGAACUUGCUUCUGUCUUUGUUUUUGGGGUUAUUAUUUCUCGUCUUCCCCCUUCUUGGAAUGGUUACGAAAAGAAACUUAAGCAUGAUGAGACUGACUAUGACUUAAAAGGUUUGCAACGUCAUUUUCGUAUUGAAGAUGACUCUCGCAAACGAGAAAUUAAGGAUAGUCAAAAAACUGAAAAUCUUUCUAAGGUUAAUUAUGUAGACGCUUUGAAACCUAAGAAUGAUACUCAGUUUAAGAAGAAACAUCCCAGCAAGAAGAACAAGGGUGAUUGUUACUUCUUGCAAGCCGCCAAUUCCGUUUCUAAUAAUGAGAGUGGAUGGUGGUACGACAACGGUUCAACUGUCCAUAUCUGUAGAGAUAGACAUCUUUACAAGACAUAUGAAGCGGUUACUGGCGAAGGAAACGAAGUUGUCUCCGCAAACAACUUACACAUCAAAGUGAUUGGCAAAGGCACUGUUGAACUCUCGUUUACUUCGGGAAAGACUGUUACUCUUACUAAUGUGUUACAUGUCCCUGGCAUUGUGAAAAACCUUGUUUCUGGAGAACUUGUUAUGAAUGCCGGAUUCAAGACCUAUGGUGAUGUUGGUGAUCUUAAAAAUCAUAUGACUCGUGGUGGAAACAAAUACUAUGUCACUUUCAAUGAUGAUUAUAUUAGGUAUGUUUAUACUUACUUGAUGAAAUCUAAGGAUUAUGUCUUUGACAUGUUUAAAAUAUACAAAGCAGAAGUAGAGACACAAUUAGGAUUUUACGUUCUGAUCGUGCAGACUAAUGAAUAUGAUGAACAUUCUGCUCCUACUCGAGACACAGAAGAUACUUCUGAAAUUAUAGAAGAUAUCGAACCUAAAAAUGAGUAA